UGAACCAACACUCUUCUGGUCCUGCUUCUGACCCUUCUCACGUUAUAUAUAGUGGCUCUAUAGAAUCUAGUGUUGUACUCUUCAACCUUCGUUUCUAUGUAGACAACACACUUUAUAUAUAUAUAUAUAUACAUCAUAUAGACAUAACCAUAUUAAUCAUAUCAUAAUCAUAACCAUGGGUUGCUUACACUCCAAAACCACUCAUCUCCACUCUCCUGAAGACCCUUCCACCGCCUUACCCGACUCCAAGAAACCCGAUCCAGGUAAUGGUGGGGAUGAUGUUGAUCAAGAGUGUCAGGCUCCAACAUUUAAAGAGUACGGUCUGAAUGAACUCCGAAAGGCCACAAAUGGGUUCAGCACAGAUUGCAUUGUCUCUGAGAGUGGUGAGAAAGCUCCCAAUAUAGUCUACAGAGGGAAGUUUGAGAACAAUCGGUUAGUUGCUGUUAAGCGGUUCUCCAAACUGUCCUGGCCUGAUGCUCAACAGUUCAGGGCAGAGGCAGCUGGAGUUGGGAAAGUGAGGCACAAAAGACUUGUGAAUCUAAUUGGUUGUUGUGCUGAAGAAGAUGAAAGGCUCUUAGUAGCUGAAUACAUGCCAAAUGAUACUUUGUCCAAGCAUCUCUUUCAUUGGGACAAGCAACCAUUACCAUGGGAAAUGCGUGUUAGAGUUGCAUACCAUGUUGCCCAGGCGCUAGAUCAUUGUAGCAUGGAAAACCGGAAAAUAUAUCAUGAUCUGAAUGCGUAUAGGAUUCUUUUUGAUGAGGAUGGUGAUCCCCGUUUAUCAAGUUUCGGGCUCAUGAAAAAUAGUAGAGAUGGGAAAAGCUACAGUACUAAUUUAGCUUAUACUCCACCUGAAUUUUUGCGAACAGGCAGGAUAAUCCCAGAGAGUGUGAUCUACAGCUAUGGAACUAUUCUUCUGGAUCUUCUGAGUGGCAAGCAUAUUCCUCCAAGCCAUGCUUUGGAUCUAAUUAGAGGGAAAAAUGCAUUGCUGUUGAUGGACUCAUCCCUAGAAGGGCAAUUUUCAAAUGAUGAUGCUACAAAGUUGGUUGAGCUUGCUUCAAAAUGUCUUCAGUUUGAGGCCAGAGACCGACCUGAUAUUAAGUUUCUUCUUACUGCAGUUGCACCUCUUCAAAAACAGAAAGAGGUAACAUCUCAUGUAUUAAUGGGUCUUACUAAAAACACAGCAGUGCUACCGACCAUGCUUUCUCCACUUGGAAAGGCUUGUGCAAGGAUGGAUUUUACUGCUGUGCAUGAUAUAUUGUUAAAAACAGGUUAUAAAGAUGAAGAAGGUGCAGAUAAUGAGCUUUCAUUCCAAGAGUGGACACAACAAGUGCAAGACAUCUUGAAUACAAAAAAGUUUGGGGAUAUUGCAUUUAGAGACAAGGAUUUCAAAAAUGCAAUUGAGUAUUAUUCUAAGUUGGUGGUUAUGAUGUCUGUUCCUUCUGCCACUGUCUUUGCAAGGAGAGCCUUCUCCUACUUGAUGAAUGAUCAGGCAGAACUUGCAUUAAGGGACGCCAUGCAGGCACAGGUAUGCAUACCUGAUUGGCCAACUGCAUUCUACCUGCAGGCUCUUGCUCUCUCAAAGCUGGGAAUGGAAACUGAUGCACAGGACAUGCUUAAUGAUGGGGCUGCCUUUGAAGCAAAGAGGUAAUAGUUGGCGUGGUUAAAUUUCUAAUUUGCAACUCUUUGCUCACUAAACUAGCAGAGUGGCAUCAGAAAAUAUGCUAUUUUGCUAUCAUUUGUACUUGCUAGAUUAGGGAUGUGUAGGUUGCUAGUUUAGGGGG